UUUGAAAAAUAUUUUAUUUUCAUGACAAUGUUCUGUAGCCUGUUGGCUCGCCUGAUGACUUUGGGGAUUUCGCCCUAUUUUUUAUUAGGUGACAUAUACGAGAAGCACAUCCAUUCGCCCCCCCCCCCCUAUAUUUCUCUCUUUCAGUCUCUACUAGGAAUAAUCAUGUCUGUUGUCACGAUCAGACAGAUUUGAGAAUUCCAUCACUCUGUUAUCAGGUCAUCAAACAAAGUCAAAAUUUGUUCAGCUUGACACCCGUCACUGCCAAGUUGCUCCCCCGGGGGAGCCCGCGCUGGAGGAGGACUGCCCGUCCUGUUCGGCAAAUGGUCUGAACUUUGCCCGAAACGACGUGUUCCUUGAGGAGAGAAUGAUGAUGGUAUCUUAGAUUUUUCGAUAGAGAAAAUAAUUUUCUCUUCUAUUUUAUUCAACAUGUAACAGUUACGAAAACAAUCUAAAAACAUAAAGAGAAAGCAGGAAUAUUCCUUUUGGACAAUGUUAGGUGUUUUAACAGUAAUUGCAUGUAUAUGCCACAAAUUAAAACUGCCCCAAAAAUAAUAUUUUCACACCAUGUACAUCUUCUCUUAUAUUAAUACUCCUAAUUGGGUCUGAUUUUGAAAACGUAAAUAACGAUUUAUGAAAACCUUUUCAAUAGUGAAAGUGGAUUUUAUCAAUUGCUUUUAUCAAUAUCAUAUGAUUUAGCGAAAUGCCGCCCCCUUGUGUUCGGUCUUAGCGAUAUAAUUAAGAUAGUGAAGGUUGUGACUACAAUUAUGGCAUUUGAGUAUAUUUACCGGGUUAAGUAAUUAUUAACACCACUGUUGAUAGACAGGCAAUAUGCUAUUCACUUGCACAUGACAAUGUCCUCUAUGCUUUGAAAACAUCAUUAUGAGUCUAUAAUGAUUUUCACGCGAAAACUAAGACGAUUUCAUCAAGAACCCUGAAAUGUUUAUGUUGGUCUUAAUGAAAUUUCUGGUGUUAAUAAAAGAGGAGAGUGACAGCAUUGUUUUGAUAAACGCCUUUACUUUACUGGGAAACCCCCUCUGAGUAACGACCAUGACAUGACGCGUCUCUAAUUUGUUUGUUUGUCAUGUUAGUUUGAACUUGUAUGAAUGUCAUUUCAUCAAUCACCAUCCUGGCGCUUUCAGCGUUGAACUUGGAAAUGACCACUGGAAUAUUUAUAAUCUUUUAGUGAAGAACUUCUUUUUAUUUAAAUUUAAGCUAAUUCCGUUAAUCGUUCCGACGAAUCUGUGAAGAUAAUUGUUGUCUCAGUCGUUUCUACGAAUUUCAAAGCUCAGCUAAUUCCUAAUUUGUUGCCGAGGCCAUUUCUAGUUAUAACAUUCUGGUAUGCAGGAUAUCGUCUUUGCUAAUUUGAACUACAUGUACGUGCAAUUUCAAUCAAAGGAUAAACUCGAACGAUUUAGACUGGCAAUUCUAUCGGAUUUUAAUAAUUAUGAUGACAAUUACAAGGGAAAUGUAUAUUUAGGCCCUAUAUAAUAUUUCGAAUGACUGUAUCUACUAGUAAGACUGCAACGAUAAGCUGCAUUUUUCACACAAGGAGUAAAAAUCAGUAUUAUAAUCUUUAAAAAAAAAGAAGUAAAGAAGAAACCAUUUGGAAACGAGCGAGCAAAACGACCGAGCUGAGGAUAUAUGCCUACAUGUGUACCCCUCCGCAUAUUUUGACAUGACCCUGAACUUCCUGAAGGAUAAAGAUGCAAAUUACUUUGGGUUACUUUUUAUUUGAAAAAAAUGUAAUGGAAAGGGUAGGUUUAUGAAGGCGCUGUCACCCACACCGCCCCCUCCCCUCCUGUUGCGUACCGAAAUGCGACAGUGCAGUGUAGCUUUCUGAUCAUAUAAUUGUACUGGUUAAUUGGCAAGUAGAAUCCCUGAUCAUAAUAUUAGGACUUUGUUUUUUAAAUAGAGCUUCUUUCAAGUGCAAUCUUAUCUCGAAGAUGAACAUAAAAUCUUCUAAAGAUCUAUAGAUAAAUUUUGAUUGGCCUCUGUCAAUGGGGCCAACAGAUAACACGAGGGAUAGGUGAUCGCCCGUAAUUAAUCAAAUGCUGCAAUAUGAUUGGUCGAGUCCGGCUGUGCGAUGGUAGUCGUAAUUUACCCCAGCGUGAAAUAGUCCCCGAGGUCCUGCGUGACUUCUCAUGACACACAAUUCACGACAGUGCACGUACACUAUAUCGCCCGCAUACUAUUGCCUGCAUGCCAUACGGCUGUGCGUACGAGCCUGGAACGUGUGUGUGUAUUUUGCAUGCACCGAUGCGUACAGUGCGAUAUACCUGGCUUUCUCGCUUAUCGGUGGAGUACAUUCCUGACGAUACUCACAAGCCGAUAGUCCUUGAUUACAGAGAACACGUAUUUCUUUCAUCUGUCGCUCAUUGACAUUUUUUUAUCAAGCGUCCUAAUUUCAAAGUUUUGGAGUGCUUUCUCUGCUGCGAUCUGGAGAUAAAGUACAUAAGUGAAUACAUCCCAUGUCUAUUUCAAAGUGAUUAUCUCGCUCAUUAGUUGCUUUCGAGUCACAUCCUGCUAUGAAAUAAAACUCUGCAGCUGCAGUGCUAAUUUUCGAAUUUCCACACAGUCCAAGUCUCAAGAGCAGUAAUCUAUUUCAAGCAUCGGAUACAAGCUCAGAAACGUUGACAGUGAAACGUCUUCUUGUGAAGACAUUUAUUGCGAUCAUCAGUUACUAGGAAGAGAUAUUCGAAUCACAGCCAUCAUGAAGCAACCACAGAUGCAGACGGCUGUACAACACCAGCAGUAUCCAGCGAACCUCCAUCACACGCUCCCCUUGCACGCCGGCGGAGAAAAGAAGCAGAAACGCGCUGGAGUCUCAAAUUUCACCAUGUCGGAUUGUUACGAAAAACUGAAGCAACUGGUGCCGACAAUCCCCAAGAACAGGAAAGUCACGCGAGUAGAAAUCCUGCAACAUGUCAUAGACUAUAUCCAGGACUUGCAGACGGCGUUAGAAGGAAAGAAUAUCGAUGUGAAAAUGAUGGGGAGCGUGAAUGCGCUUACCGGGAUGAUCACUGACUCUAUGGCCAUGCCCGCCCCGGCCGCUUCCAACAGGAUGCCGUUCACUACCAUAGUCCCUCAGCAACAGGGCCAUCAGCAGAUGACAUGCCCGCCAGCCACACCGCUCGGGGUACACACACAGAGUAACGCGAGACAACAUCAGCAGCAAUGCUACCCUCAACAAACAUCUCUCUUUCAUCAUCAGGGAUACAGUGAUUAUCAUCAAAGACAACAGAUGAACAUGAUGUCGCAUCCGGGUAGCAGCAAGCUCACUCCCCACCCUUACGAGACUCCCGAAAGUUCACCGGAGUCGAGGCCGUGCAGCUGCUAACAAGAUUUCUGAAUAGUCUCGCAAAGCUUGGACUUCCUUCUCCCGAUACAACCACAGAUGGUCCCGUUCUGGUAGGUUUAGCCUCUGGUCACUCUCCAGCCUAGCUGAAGACUUAAUUUCGGUCCAAACGUCUGGACUGUAUGAUGACCAUCGACCAACCGUUGCUUUUGAGGCGACCAAAGAUUCGGUAGUGACGUCAUGAUUUGGAAGGUGAAAUCGCUUUUCACGUGCGUUCCACGUUUUAUUGAAAAGGACAAUAUAAAAUGAUGUGGACACUGGACCUUGCGAAAGGACUGUAACGGAAAGACCGACACCAAGCAGUGUGACGUCAUCACAAUCUUGCAGAUAUGAACAAAUGAACGUUAUUAAACACGUCUCGAAAAUGGAAGAAAGGACAUUUAUAGGAGAAUAAAUUAAUUUAGACAAAAAUAUGAGAUAUUAUUUAAGACUAUGUAUUGUUCUGUCUAGUACAAUUGAAUAUGGAUUGUACAUAUUUCAAAUGCUAUGAUGAAUGUCAACACAAAAUGGCCAUGUCCAUUGACUGCUCAGAGUUGCAUUAAAUUAUGAGCAGUCAUUGGACGUAUUAUAUAUGCACUUCUCCGUGAUUACUAUUUGUAUAUAUUGAACUGUUUAUCACGAUGUAGUCAUGCAUAUACCAUGUUUGGCGGUUCACACUUUAUAUAUAUGUUUAUGUCAUUGCCAAAACUUGUCGCUCAAUGUUUUAUGAAUGAUUUCAUUAAUAUUUGUGAUACUUAUAAUUGAAUAUAUUGUUGUUUGCUCCCCUCCAUGCUUGCCAUGACUCGGUAGGGGGUUUAUUCCAAUCAAAGUAUUUUAGCAAAGGUAUUAAGCGCAUAUUGAAAUGUUGAUAUCCUCAGUAAAGAAUUUAUCAGUUUUAGGAUUCUGAAAAAUUUGAUAAACGUUAACAAUGGAUUUUAGGAGUUUCCUUUAUUAUAUCUCGUCCAAAAUUAAACAUCCAUUCAUUAAAUGGAAAAACAUCUCACCAUAGAUUAUAUAUCGUUAAGAUUGGAAUAAAUUAUACUUGUUAUUGCACAAUGGUUACAUAUUGUAUGUCCCAUUUAAGUUAGGAAUGUAAAUCCCGGCAUGAAUCAGAUAACAACUAUUUGCCAAAUUCCUUCAUAUUGAGGCGAUUGUUCGUACUCGCUGUGAUUAGAACACGCGUGUGAAAAAUCAACAAAAUAAAACGGAUCAUAUUCGAGGUUUGUUUAUCCUGUGCUGUAUUGUUCAAGUGGGCGUAUUCAUAUCUUGAUAAGACACCUUUCUAAUAAAUCAUUAACCUGGUUUAAAUGCAGCGGAAAUAUAUUCUGAUCACGCUAAGAACAUAACCGGAAGACAUUUUAAGUGGUUAAGAUAUAUUUUUCAAUCAUGGUCAAGAGAAAAUCAACCGAUGCAAUUCAUGUAUCAAGCACAAGUUGAAAUAAGUACGUUAAUUAUAUAUCCCUUUUUAUUUCACUGGUAUGAAUUUUCUUAUGAUUUCUAAUUUCAUAUUUUGAUGUAAUUUUGUACUGUGAAAUUAUGUUCUCGGUUAUUGCCGAAUAAAAAAAAAAGGAUUUCGAGAAAAAAUACGUGUCAUUAAAAAGUUCCAUUGAAUUCAAAA